AGUUAGCAUUUUCGUUUCUUGUUGUACAAUUUCUUUGCUCCAAUGAAAGAGUUUGGGCUAAGCUGAAUCAAUUGAAAUGAGAGUGAAGUGAACAUCACCCUAACCCCAAACCGCGCACGCUCAAACGAGAGGACCAAACUCGUUCUGUGUUAUAUAUAUAUAUUUCUUCACAAACGUGAAAACGCAACUUUCUGUGUUCUUGCACACCCCAAACAUGGCCGUCGUUGGCGUGUUGGCGCUACAAGGAUCUUUCAACGAACACAUAGCCGGCACAUUCAUUUUUUCAUUUUGCUUUCGCUCUUCAUUCCUUCUUUUGCUUAAUCUCACAAUAAGCACUGACUACUAUUUUGUGUUGUGUGUGGCAGCUCUGAGAAGGUUAGGGGUGAAAGGCGUGGAGAUUCGAAAGCCAGAACAGCUUCACACCGUUGGUUCCCUCAUCAUCCCUGGUGGAGAAAGCACCACCAUGGCUAAGCUCGCUGAAUACCACAAUCUGUUUCCUGCAUUGCGAGAGUUUGUACAAAUGGGAAAGCCUGUUUGGGGAACCUGCGCUGGGCUUAUAUUCUUGGCAAACAAAGCUAUAGGACAGAAGACUGGUGGACAACAAUUGGUUGGUGGACUUGACUGUACUGUGCAUAGAAAUUUCUUUGGAAGCCAGAUUCAAAGCUUUGAGGCAGAGCUUUCCGUGCCAGAUCUUGCUUCCAAGGAAGGUGGUCUUGACACAUUUCGGGGCAUUUUUAUUCGUGCCCCUGCAAUUCUCGAAGCAGGGCCAGAAGUUCAGGUGCUGGCUGAUUAUCUUGUACCUUCUAGCAGCUUGUUGAGUGCUGAUUUCUCUUUUGAAGGCAAAAAGGAGAAUGCUGAGGAAGAAAGUAAAGUUAUAGUUGCCGUGAGACAAGGGAACGUACUAGGGACUGCUUUCCAUCCUGAAUUGACAGCAGAUACUCGAUGGCAUAGUUAUUUCUUGAAAAUGGCAAAUGAGAUUGGAGAAGAGGCGUCAAGUAGCCUUGUUCCUGCGCAAGUUGGUACAAGUUACAAUCAUCAAUCCUGGAAUGAUCUUCCUAUCUUUCAAUAGGACCAGAUUGCCAUGAAGCCUUUCUUAAAAUUACCGUGGAUGAUUUUUUUUAUUUAAUUUCUCUUGAUAUUGAUAUCAGAUAAUUGUUACAUUUCAGUAAGGUAGCUAAAUAGUUGCUUUUUGACAAAUAGUAUUAUAUUAUAGACUUUGGUGUUAUUGUCAUGUAGUCAUAUCUGACUCAUUUUUCUCGUGCCUUGAAAAGCAUCAUAAAAUAUUUAUUCUAGCAUUUUCUUUCUGUUGUUGGUCGAUCAUAAGUAGAUAUAUAUCUUAUUUUGUUUACAGAAUCCAGGCUGCGAUGUGUUCUGUGUGUGAAGUUUGAAUAUCAAUUAAUGUUCUUUUUCUAUGGGCCAUGUAACUCCAACUAGAAAGAACAAAUAAUUUUUAGUGUAUUACUAGAGCAUGGUCCUUAUAAAGAAUAUUGCCUGUGAGUAAUAUCGAUUGGCAUUAUGAAGAUUUGGUUAUUCCAUAAUCAGCUACUGCUACUAAGAUCUAUAAAUUUGAUGGAUGUUGAAAUCUACCGUUAUCUACUUGUAAAGCAUCUAAAAAAGAACUUUUCUUUUUUUUUUUCUUUACCUAAUAAUAGUACAUUACCAUGAAAACGUCCGAUAAUGAAAUGUAUUCCUUUGAUAUAUUGAAUGGCACCAUUUGUAGUUUAAUAGAUAAGUUCAUUUCUAUCUUGGUAAGUACUGUCAUGUUCAAUCAAUACGUAGUCGCAGAUUUUAUUUAAUUACAAAAGCCAGUUCAAUCAAUAAAUAUACCUAUAAUGUCCAUUAGUUCUGAUGUGGGUUACGUGGACGUAAGUAGUAGGAACAGAAUAUCACAAGCAGAUGAUUUUAAGUACACAUUCAUGUAUUUUGAUAAAUUUGUGUAAUAAAAAAUUGUCAUAUUUCAAUCAAAUCAAAUUUUUGUGCAUGAACAUUGUAACUCUUAAUUUAUAAAUAAAAAUUGUUACCCCUUUCUCCUCCAAACCCUUCUAUUCAAAGAGACACGAGCUCAAUGCCAUUUGACUGGAAGGUUACGGGGAGGUGUCAGGUUUUGAUUUAGUUUAUUUUUGAGAUCUUUUUUUUCUUAUUACAGCUUUAUGAUAUGAUAUUCAUAAGCCCCAUGGGUCCAUAUUCGCUCGUGUUUGAACAAUUUGCUAAAACAAUUGACAGAAAACCAUGAUUCAAUCAAUAUUAGCAGUGCCACCGAUUCGACUAGUCCUUUCAACUUAUGAAUGGCAUUAGUUCCUAUAGUACUGGAGAACCACAGUGGGAUUAAAUUGAACAUGGUAGGCGCAUUCAUAGAUGUACAUUGUAAAUAAGAUGGUCGUUAGUUUUCGCUAAGCAUAAUUAUGCCAUGCAUUGAUCAAAAAGAAAUUUAUAUUACUUAAAGCAACCCUUUUUAGGCUACAAUGCGCAAAGGGAAAUACAAGAACAAUGACUGAGGGAAGCUCAAGUAGCUGGCAAUAUAUCGUCCCAACUACAGAAGACAUAUUUUCUACCAGCACAAACACAAAAUAACCUAGUAUGCACAGUCAGAAUAUAUAAUAGCCUCCCUCACCAACAAAACAUCAUAACCAAGGUUUUAAACACUGAUCUCAGUCAUCAUCUUCGUCCUCCUCCUCUUCCUCCUCGUCAUCGUUCUCCUCCUCCUCCUGCUGGUCCUCCUGUACAAAAAGGGAAAACACUGACCUCAGAAAAAAGAGAGGGCUUUGUGCUUAAAUGCUUAUCAUCAAAACAAUAAAAAAUCAGACUUUCCUUCUGUGAAAAACUUAAAACCCAGCAGUAAUAGCAUUUAUGCACCUUUAAACUACGGAUUACGGCAUCUCAAUUUAUUGGGAAACUUUCCAUUAUAAAAAGGCUACAGUAUUAAUCAAAAGGUUCAAUCCAUGCCGGAAACUCCAUAUUAAACAAACUUCUUUUGGUAUGUAUUUAAAGAGUUAAAAGAGGUAAUAAAUUCAUGCUCUUUACCAUCCACGCCCCUAUGAUAAUAAACUCAUUACAUUUACUCCUUGACAAAACUUUUUUUUAUCUCAUUUUCACCCUUUAGAGCUAAAAUCCUGAAACCAAAGAAACCAAUACAAGUACAUGUGUAGAAAUUUUAUAUAAUAUUUGUUUAGUCCAAGCUCCUUAUCACAAUCUAAAUUUAAGGUCAAGAGAAUGCAUUCUAAAUAACCUAAUUAACAUAAAGAAAAAGAGGAAAGAAGUAAGACUACCUCUCCACUAGCUUCAUCAUCUUCAUCAUUUACUUCAGAUUUGGACUUGUCAGAUUCAUCAUCUGCAGAGCUUCCCUGGCAACAUUAUAGAAAAUAAAGUAUAUAAGAAAGACAAUCAAAGCACCGCACACAACAAAAAAAUUGCCACAGGGUACACACCUGCUUUUUAUUAUAAGCAUUCAUAAGUUUUUCAUACUCAGCUUUCCUCUUUGCAGCCUUGGCUUCAUAUGGAGCUUUCUCCUUUCCAUUCCAAAGAGAGUCAAAAUUCAUAAAAGAAUAAAUCCCUUCUUCAAUAUAAUAAGUUCAUUCGGUAGAAAUAUAUUGUUGGUAUACUGGAACUAAAUUGAACCAGCAUUUGUGCAAAAACACAAUGAAGAAAUUAAAAUAAUUUAGAAGAUAAAAAAAAAGUGUUGUUAUAGAUAAAAGUUGCAGAGCUUAUUACAGCAGUAGACAUGGAUUUCCAUUUCUCUCCUCCAGCUUUCCCAACCUUCAAUUAAAAAGUGCAGCAAAUAAUUUAGAUGCUCAUUAAAAACAGUAAAUCAUCAAAGAAGAAGAACCAGUUUAACAUGUAACUUACAGCUGAUACAGCCUUCACACUAGGAUUCUCUGCCUUAAAGGUCUUUCGGAACUCCUCACUAUAACAAAGCAGGAAAUACAUCAUAUAAUUUUUCUUACUGAAAUAUCAAGGAAAGAGCAAAGACAGAUACAAACAGGAACACAAAGAAAGCAGUGGGUGGCCUUUUCGGCUUGUUGGGGUCUUUCUUGGCCUUCUUCUCCUUCUUUGCCUUUGGUGCACUACUCUUGUCAGGCCUACUAGAAGCCUUCCUCUUUCCAACCUUUCUGAAAACAAUAGAGAUAUAUGUUCCAUCACUACACUAUUCCUGUAACAGCUGGAUGCACCAUCAAGUAUGUAUAAUCAGAUGUUAAUAGAAUGUGUAGACAUAAACAAAUGGGCCAGAAACCAGAAAGUCAACACCCCAAUGCACAACGGGAUCCAUGUUUACAUGAAAAAUAAAAAUGCCUCAACUAAUUCAGUCAAGUGUAAUGAAAUAGAAGCUAACCGGUCAUCAACAGGCUUCAGAGCUUCUUUGGAGAUCUUCAAUGCUCCCUUGCCCUUUGCAUUCUUCAUUGUUUAAUUCCUGUACCAAGACAAUAAUGCACAGCUUUUAUGAAAACAAAGGAAUCAGAAAAUUUCAAAUAAAUAGGGACAAAAGAUAGAUUAAACUUGAAUAAGUUAAAUAAAAAAAUUAGUUCAUACAGAAACAGGACUCCCACUAAAAUAAAAGAAAAUGCACCCUACGGGGUUAACUGGUGCUGACUAAAUGUUACACAUAUCCACCUAAUACAAUACCUUAUAGAAUUUCAUAUGUUUGAGAUUUUGUGGCAACAGCAUGACUCUCUCUCACACACACACAUAAAGUUGAUUUUUCCAUCAAAAUUCAAAAAUCAGAUACUGUGUAAAUCAGCAAAGAAAGGAUAUGACAAUCACAAAAAAAAAAGAAGCACAUGCAAAAUCCUUAAGUCAUAUUAUAGUAGCAUACACAUCCUUUGAAGCCACAGGAAACAAAUUCAAAUGAAAAGAGAAAGAGAAAGACAGAGAGAACAAAAUUGAAAAACAUGGAAACAACAAAUACUCAUUUAGCCUAGUUUAUGUAAUUUUCUCCUCCCUUUAUUUUUCACCUUCUCAUAAACCAUAACCCACUUCAAAAAAAAAUAAAAAAUAAAAAAACAAACUUUGAAUUUCCUCAGCUUCCAAACAGAAAUUCAACAAACCCCCCUCCCCCAGCAAAAAAAAAAGGGGGAAAUAAAAAAUAAAAAUAAAAAAGAAGAAAAUUGAAGAACAAGGUCACCUUU